CCAUGUAGUGGAAGACGUUAACGUGGGUUACUCUUGUGUGAGAUCAUAUCAUGUUACUGAUUGUGUAAUUCUUGUAGGAGAUCAUAAACUACCCCACCGUUCGUAUGAUCCAGCAUUUGAAAUGUCACCGUAUCAAGGAGAGAGAUCUCGCGUUCGAGUCCCAUAUGUCAGGCUUCGUCUACAAGGUUCGUGUUGCUGGGAAGACGCUCAUUAAGAAGGAGAUUCCAGGACCAGACACGGUGGAUGAAUUUCUCUACGAAGUCAACGCUCUUAAUUCCUUACGCUUCUCCCGAAACGUCAUAGAAUUCUACGGUGUGGUGGUGGACGAUGAGGACGAAAUGGUUAAGGGCCUGCUCAUCAAUUACGCGGAAAAGGGUGCGCUCAUCGACCUUAUUUACGAUUCUCAAGAGGAUGGUAAUAUCCUCCCGUGGUCCCUUCGAGAGAAGUGGGCAAGGCAGAUCGUUCAGGGGUUAUCGGACGUCCACGAAGCCGGUUUUGUACAGGGCGACCUCACGCUUUCUAACAUCGUCAUCGACUACGAAGACAAUGCAAAGAUAAUAGACAUCAACAGACGAGGUUGCCCAGUGGGCUGGGAACCUCCGGAGGCGACUCCACUUAUCGAUAGCAACCAGCGGAUAUCCAUGUAUAUCGGUGUAAAAUCCGACCUCUAUCAAUUAGGGAUGGUAUUGUGGGCACUCGCGACGUUGGAGGAUGAGCCGGAAGCGCAUCGACGACCGCUCCGGUUGACUUCCGAAAUCGAUGUCCCGGAUUGGUAUCGCACGAUGGUAGAAUAUUGCCUGCACGAGGAUCCACGUGUCCGACUUCAGGCCUCCGUACUUCUUAGGUUGUUUCCCCAGCCCGUAUACGACGAAAACGACGACGACUAUGAGAGGCAUGAUCUACCGUCGAUUUCCGUCGAGGACGGCGAUUUCCUACGGGAAUAUACGGUGGACGGAUAUGAAGAAAACGGUCAUCCGCACAUCAAACCGGCUCAGCCUCGGGAUGUCUGGCCAUACACCCCAUUUGGUGGUAGUACGCAUGUUGCACCAACAAAUUUCUCCGUUGAGCAAUACUAUCCGUCAAGGGGACGAUCCCCAGCGGCUAGGUCGUUAUCGAGCGACCGCGACGUGUAUAGCCCGCCGUAUAUGGGACAGCGCGAAACGUGGUCCGCCAAUUUCAUGGGCCCGUAUACCGAUGACUUGGAGCUGGGACAGGAGAUUGCCGAGACUCCCAGGGUCGUGCAGUCACCGGAAGAAAUAAUCGCGAAAGUGCAACAGGACCUAGAGGAUGAACAGGCUCAGGCGACCGGAAGUGAAAACCAGGUGGUGCCCACGUCGGUAGCUGGCGCAGGCAGUGCGCUUAGGAUCGACUGCGGGAAUUCCGAGGGAGCCUCACCUCUACCUGACAAAUGCACAGCAACCGUUACUUCUGGUGGCGCCCAUACAACAGGGGUAUUGGGUGCAGAAAGGAACUUAGAAGAUCCGCAACUCGACUCCAGAGGUGGCGUUCCGGGGCAGCCCAGUGUAAAACAACCCGAGGAACCAGAGGGCGUGUGUACGGCCGAGAGUUUGGAUUACGUCCAAAUCGAACAUGCUGCUCAGCCGCCUACGGAUGGAGACAGAGAAACCGAAUCGCUAAACCAUUAUACACACAACAGAGGAGACGUGUCAACACGAUCAACGACGGCGUCACCUUCGAGACCAGCCGAGUCGCCUCAGGACUUGCCAACUGAUUUGACGGGUGUUGGCUCUAAAUACGAGCACGACGAAAUUCGAAAACUGACACUAGACGAUGAUUUAGGUCUUACAACGACAGCUACAGCUACAGCUACAAAUGUGACGUCUUGAGCCUGAGAAGGUUAUAUUGAGAUGCUUACACUUGCGAGUAGCUGUUCAUGUACAUAAAACAUACAGAACGGCGCGAGGAGUUUUGCAUUGCAUAUGCAAUUUUUGGAGGACUUUUUUCGGGAAUAUUCGGGUGUCACAAUGUCUGCGAGCGAUGGACCAUACUUUCUACGUUAGGGCAACAGCGGGUUGGGCGAAUAUAUUUUUGUUGUUUUGUACAAUAGAGACGGCGGAGCAUCACCAUAACGUUUGCUUUGGCUUGAAGAUACGAUAUUUAAUGUAUGAGGCACAAUGAAUGGGUACGAAGUCGAAGUGGCUGUUUGAAGAUGGAGGGCUAGAAAAGAGAUGGCGGUUCCCGGAUCUUACAUAUUCUACAUACGUUACACUUGGUAGUGAAAUAUAUGUCUCCUGAGAAAAUAAGGGGUUGGCGUAUUUUGACAAACCUGGUCGAGGGUGUAUCUACGUAUGUGAUGGUGCUGUGUUGAAUUGGUAUCGGGUCUAUACGCAUUGACUACACUAGGCGAGGAAGUAUGCGCAGGUUCAUCAUGAUUGUGUAGGUACUUACCCAACAG